UGCGCCUCAGCCUCAGUGCAGAGUCCUCCGCGGCGUGAGGAGAAGCGGUAGCGGGUAACCUCGGUGUCGCAGCAGAAGCUGCGAGAGCCGGAACCGAAACCACACCCACGUCGCUGCUCCUGUCCUCUUUUGCCCUCUCGGCGUCCCACCGGAGACCGCGUUACCGGAGGAGAGCGGCAGCCCACUCCCCGAGCAUCCUCCCCUUUCGAGCGGGUGCUGACAGACCCAGCGGCAUGAUGCGACUGCUAGGCUCGGCGAUGCUGCGGGACCUGCUCCUGCGGCCUCCCGCCGCCACCUGCGCGGCUCUGAGGCGGGCACAGCCCCUCGCCACACAGUGCCGGCGUCCCCAAGGCGGGGGACAGGGGGCCGCGGGCCCAGCGGCCGCCGCGCGACUCUACCCGUGGUGGGGCGGGGGCGGCCGGCCGGCGGGGCCCCUCGCGCGGGGACUGUCUAGCUCCCCUUCGGAGAUUCUGCAGGAGCUGGGCAAGGGGGGCCCGCAGCAGCAGCAGCAGCAACCCGGGGCGUCGCCGCCCGCGGCCCCGUCGGCUCCCGGCCCCAAGGACGGCUCCGGGGAGACUGACGCGUUCGGCAACAGUGAGGGCAAGGAGCUGGUGGCCUCAGGCGAAAAUAAAAUAAAACAGGGUCUGUUACCCAGCUUGGAAGAUUUGCUGUUCUAUACAAUUGCAGAAGGACAAGAGAAAAUACCUGUUCAUAAAUUUAUUACAGCACUCAAAUCUACAGGAUUGCGAACGUCUGAUCCCAGGUUGAAAGAGUGUAUGGAUAUGUUAAGAUUAACUCUUCAAACAACAUCAGAUGGUGUCAUGCUAGACAAAGAUCUUUUUAAAAAAUGUGUUCAGAGCAACAUUGUUUUGUUGACACAAGCCUUUAGAAGAAAGUUUGUCAUUCCUGACUUUAUGUCUUUUACCUCUCACAUUGAUGAGUUAUUUGAAAGUGCUAAAAAGCAGUCUGGAGGAAAGGUUGCAGAUUAUAUUCCUCAGCUAGCCAAGUUCAGUCCUGAUUUGUGGGGUGUGUCUGUGUGUACAGUAGAUGGACAGAGGCAUUCUAUUGGAGAUACCAAAGUUCCAUUUUGUCUUCAGUCCUGUGUAAAACCUUUGAAAUAUGCCAUUGCUGUUAAUGAUCUUGGAACAGAAUAUGUGCAUCGAUAUGUUGGGAAAGAGCCAAGUGGAUUAAGAUUCAACAAACUGUUUUUAAAUGAAGAUGAUAAGCCACACAAUCCUAUGGUAAAUGCUGGAGCAAUUGUUGUGACUUCAUUAAUAAAGCAAGGAGUGAAUAAUGCUGAAAAAUUUGACUAUGUAAUGCAGUUUUUGAAUAAGAUGGCUGGCAAUGAAUAUGUUGGAUUCAGUAAUGCGACGUUUCAGUCUGAAAGAGAAAGUGGAGAUCGAAAUUUUGCAAUAGGAUAUUACCUAAAAGAAAAAAAGUGUUUUCCAGAAGGCACAGACAUGGUUGGUAUAUUAGACUUCUAUUUCCAGCUAUGCUCCAUUGAAGUAACUUGUGAAUCAGCCAGUGUGAUGGCUGCAACACUGGCUAAUGGUGGUUUCUGUCCAAUUACUGGUGAGAGAGUACUGAGCCCUGAAGCGGUUCGAAAUACACUGAGUUUGAUGCAUUCCUGUGGCAUGUAUGAUUUCUCAGGGCAGUUUGCUUUCCAUGUUGGUCUUCCUGCAAAAUCCGGAGUUGCUGGGGGCAUUCUUUUAGUUGUCCCCAAUGUCAUGGGCAUGAUGUGCUGGUCUCCUCCUCUGGACAAGAUGGGCAACAGUGUUAAGGGAAUUCAUUUCUGUCAUGAUCUUGUUUCUCUCUGUAAUUUCCAUAACUAUGAUAAUCUGAGACACUUUGCAAAAAAACUUGAUCCUCGAAGAGAAGGUGGUGAUCAAAGGCAUUCCUUUGGACCAUUGGACUAUGAAAGUCUCCAACAAGAACUUGCUUUAAAAGAGACAGUAUGGAAAAAAGUGUCACCUGAGUCAAAUGAGGACAUCUCUACAACUGUAGUAUAUAGAAUGGAAAGUCUGGGAGAGAAAAGCUAAAGAAAUGGGUUCUAGUUUCAGAAUGUUCUUCAUUUAACCUCUCAAACAUCUUUAGCUUUUUUGCAUACUAUAAAUAUUUAUUUGAGUUUUUUGUGUUCUCAACCUUGGGUGCUGGAGCCAUAAAGCUUUUUUUCCUUUUAAUCUUUGUAUAAAGAUAAGAGAUUAAAAAGUGGAUUUGUUGGUCUUUAAAAAAGUAUUUAUAAAUAAAUAAAGCAAAUUUGCUUUAUUUUUGAAGAUGCAAAAAGGAAAAAUUCCUUUAAAUUUUUUGAUGUAUAAUUAAAAUUUUAACUUAAUCCUCAUUUUAAAAUAGUAACAAGUAUUUAAUUUUUUGGUUCUAAAACCCACACAUUGAACUCAUAAAUUUCAUUACAUUUUGUUUUUUCUUUCCCAGUUUUAAAACUUACAUGAUGUCUGUAGGGGCAGUAGAAAGUUAUUUCUAUGCUAAAUACAAAACUAAAAAGGCAAAAUUAAUGAACCCCAAAUUAUUUAAUAUAGCAGUAGAUUAUAAAAUUAGCUUAAGUUUACAUUUUAUGCCAUUUUUAGUGAUAGAUUGGCUUUAAAUUUUUAAAACUUCAUUUUAAAUUUUAUCAAACACUUUAAAACAUAAAUCAUGUCUUUGCUUUUUUUAUUUUGCAAUUUCUCUAUGUUCUGUCAAAAUUGUCAUGUACAGGAGUGUCUUAUGUUACUAAAACAUUCCAGCCAAAGAAUUUCAGAAGUAAGAUAAUGACAUUUCACUGUUAAAAAGCUAUAAUGGUUACUCAGAAGGAGCAACAGUGGGUGUCUUCAAGUGAAAUGUUUACCUAAACAAUUUUAUUUUCGUAUUACCCACGUUACUUUUUCUGUGUUAUAUUUAAGUAUGAAUGGUGAAGUCUUGGGUUUUAGCUUUUAAUAUUUUUAUUAUCCUAAUAAUUUCACAAAUGCUAAUGAAUCUUUUAUGAUAAAUUAUAAUAACAUCUCAUGAAGUUUGUUUUAUUUGAACUCUUUUGGAGUACUUAGGAAAUGAAUUCAGUCUGAUGGUAGUAAGUAUGCUACUAAAAUGUUAGAUCUGAAUCCUUUUGUUUGGUUAUAAAAUGCAAUAUUGAGAAUCAAAACUUGUUUUUAAGAGAAGGACUGUUUUGAAUAAUUUAAAAUGUUUAAAGUCUGUCUUGGCAAAGUGAUUUUAAGAUUCUGUAGGACCUAUUCACACUUCUUCCUUCUUCCAAAUAUCUCUUCGGUUUUCCCCACAGUUUCCCAUACCUACAAGGUGUUCUUGGUUUUUGUUUUAUCCAUUCUUAAACUUGUAGAUUUUGGAGGGGCAGUGAUGAGGUCUGGGGUCUAGAAGGAGAACUUGAUAGUUUGUUUUUUUUUAGUGUCAUGGCAUAAAUGUGGUAGAUAACGUCUAUGAAAGUAAAUAAUAGUGUAGUAAAAAAGGUUUCACUGAGUAAUUUAGAUACUGGUG